AUGGCUAGCAUUUUUCGACGUCUCCGUAAGAUCAACAAGUCCCGACGGUCCGCCCCCAAGGACUACGUUGACCUUGACCAAGGGGGCCACGAAAAGACCGAGCUAGAACAAGCAUUGUCUAGAGCCAUCAAUGCAGUGCAUGAUCUUCAGGCGCGUCUUGUAGAGCACGAUUUGAUGCUCGCACACACUAUCUCAAGUAACCCAACUCUCGUUACUCCCCUUUUCCAGCUUGAUUCCCAAUUUCAAUCUAACAUUCUUAGAACAGUUUCACCCUCAAAGAUAAUGUCAACAUCUAUCAAUGAUAUCUGGCUCUGUUCAUACAGUAGUUCAUUACUGUUAGGCGCAGAAGAGCGGUGGCAACAAGGUGACCCAGAGCUUGCAAUAGAGCUUGCCUCACGGGUCAUUAGCCAUAACCCCUUUUUGUGCGAACUUGAUGAGAUGCGGUGCCGGCUCUUUAUCGCUGCCGUUCAACACUCUCUUUGUCAGUAUGAAGAGUCCAUGACGAGCCUAGAACCAGUGGUACAGAUGAACAUGUGUUAUGCCGUCUUAAACAACCCAGAGUCUAGCAUCAUCGCGGGGAUUACUUAUUUUAUCAAAGGUGCGAAUCUCAUGAAAUUUGAAAGGUUCCCAGAGGCUUACUGGUCGCUUUCGCAAGCACUGGACAUACCAGGCUACAGCGAAAAGGCCCGUGAGCUUCAAAGGGAGGCCAUCAUUGGAUUUACCCGCAUAGAGGCCGCUGAGUUUGAUCACUCAGCAGCAGCAUCUACUCACGCAUUACUAGACUGGGAAUAUAGCGACUCAUCUUGA